UCAGUAGGCUCCGUGAUAAGGCCGCCCCACUUUUUUUUUUCUGCCUGGGCUUGACGUACGCUGGACUGUGCACGGAGGUAGAGCUGCGCCAACAACCUCGGAUCACACCGAAGGUCGUCAACCUUCGCGGAAACGGUGCAACAAUAGCAGUGCUGCCACCAUGUUUCCAGUAAAGGGCCUCAGCAUUUCGGCUGAGAAGCUGAAGGUCGAAACGCAGGGCUCAACGGCACCUGCGGCAUCUGCGCCGAAGCCGUCGAGGAAGCGGAAACGCCCAGGGAGCACAGAAAAUGUGACGGCCGCGAACCUUGCACCCCUGUGGGAAAAGGUCAUUGAGCGCAAGGGGCCGUCAGGACCGGCGGACAAUGCCCAGCCUAAGAAACACAGCAAGCGUCAAAAGACGCAAAACGAGCCUUCAGCUCCGGGAAGCGCUGCAGUCAAGGACGGCGCUGUCCAGCUAGAAAGCAGAAAGCAGCAGAACCAGCCCGUCGACAAAGCCGGCGAGAGACAGAAGAAGAAGGACCAGAGGAAUGAGAAACGGGAUUCUCCAGUUACUGGGGAGAAGGGUGUAGACGAGUGGAAUGGCAUCGAUGAUGACGAGAAUGCCCCCGAGGCAGCCCAGCAGACGGUAGACAAAGCAGAGAUGGAGAAGGCGGCAGAUGUGGAGAAGGCGAAAAACAAGAAGAAGAAGAAGAAGAAGCACCAUCAGCAGCAACAGGGGACCGGAGAUGGUGCCACGGAAAACACCAAACAUCAACAGCAACCGAAGGACAAGGAACCCGGGACGCAGACGGCACCUCAACCCGCACCUCCUGCCCCAGCCCCGGCCCCGGCCCCGGCCCCGGCCAAGCUCACCCCCCUCCAGGCCUCCAUGCGCGAAAAGUUGAUAUCGGCUCGCUUCCGCCACCUCAAUGAAACUCUCUACACGCGCCCCUCGGCCGAGGCCUUCCAGCUCUUCCAAGAGUCCCCCGAGAUGUUCUCCGAAUACCACGAAGGCUUCCGCCGGCAAGUCGACGUCUGGCCCGAGAACCCCGUGGACGGGUACAUCGCCGACCUCAAAGCCCGCGCCAAAGUCCGCUUUCCCCCACGCAACCGCAACGAGCCCGUCACAGCCGCCCAGCUCCCCCUUCCCAAGCCGCCCAACUCCAAAACCUGCACCGUCGCCGACCUAGGCUGCGGCGAUGCCAAGCUGGCCAAGGCUCUCCAGCCGCUCAAAUCCAAACUGCACCUCGACAUACACAGCUUCGACCUGCAGACAGGCGGCUCUCCGCUCGUCACUCGCGCCGACAUCGCCAACCUCCCGCUCGCCGACGGCUCCGUCGACGUCGCCAUCUUCUGCCUCGCCCUGAUGGGCACCAACUGGACCGACUUCAUCGAGGAGGCCUACCGCGUCCUGCGCUGGCGCGGCGAGCUGUGGGUCGCCGAGAUCAAGAGCCGAUUCGCCAGCCCGCAGAAAAAGGGAUCGUCUUCUUCGGCAGUGGUGGCCCACAGCGUGGGGCACCGCAAGAAGGGCGCCGCAGCAGCAUCAGCAUCAGCACCAGGAGGCAAGAAGUCCAAAGCGGCCCGCCAGCACGACGCCGAAGAGGAAGAGGAAGCCAACCUGGCCGAGCUCGCCGCGCAGGUCGACGGCGCCGCCGAGGCGCGCGGCGGCAAGAAGCAGCAGGAGACGGACAUCUCGGCGUUCGUCGAGGUCCUGCGCAGGCGCGGCUUCCUGCUCAACCGCGACCUGGGAGACGGCGCGGUCGACAUGAGCAACAAGAUGUUUGUGCGGAUGCACUUUGUCAAGGCCGCGCCCGCGGUGAAGGGGAAGUGCGCUGUGGCGGAGAAGGCAGCGGCGCAGGGACAGGGACAGGCGGCGAAGAAGAAGUUCAUUGGCGGGGACGAGGACGAGGACCAUGUCAACGAGGCGGCGGUGCUGAAGCCCUGUGUGUAUAAGAUUCGUUGAGUACUCACCGAGUACGGGUCACAUGGAUUCUGCCGGAUGUGCAGGAAAAUCAAAAAUAGGGGCAUCUAAAGGAGUUGGGUGUGCCUUCCCGGCCCGUCGUGUUCCAAAU